AUGGCACCAAGAUUUCCAAAGUUCAGCCAAGGCUUGGCCCAGGACCCAACUACUCGUCGUAUUUGGUUUGGUAUUGCUACUGCACAUGACUUUGAGAGUCAUGAUGAUAUUACCGAAGAGCGUCUUUAUCAAAAGAUUUUUGCUUCUCACUUUGGUCAGUUAGCUAUAAUCUUUCUGUGGACCUCUGGUAAUUUGUUCCACAUAGCUUGGCAAGGCAAUUUCGAAGCAUGGGUCCGCGACCCCUUACAUGUAAGACCUAUUGCUCAUGCAAUUUGGGAUCCUCAUUUUGGUCAACCGACCGUAGAAGCCUUUACCCAAGGAGGUGCCCCCGGUCCGGUCAAUAUUGCUUAUUCCGGUGUUUAUCAGUGGUGGUAUACAAUUGGCUUACGCACUAAUGAAGAUCUUUAUACUGGAGCUCUUUUCUUGCUAUUUCUUUCUGCUCUCUUUUUAACAGCGGGUUGUUUGCAUCUACAACCUCAAUGGAAACCAUGUGUUUCAUGGUUUAAAAAUGUCGAAUCUCAUCUCAAUCAUCAUUUGCCAGGGCUUUUCGGAGUCAGUUCUUUGGUUUGGAUGGGGCAUUUAGUUCAUGUCGCUAUUCUUGAAUCAAGAGGAGAACACAUAAGAUGGGAUAAUUUUUUAGAUGUAUUACCGCAUCUCGAAGGGUUGGAACCACUUUUUACAGGUCAGUGGAAUCUUUAUGCUCAAAAUCUUGAUUCCAGUAGUCAUUUAUUUGGUACUACUAAAGGGGUGGGAACUGCUAUUCUAACUCUUCUCGGGGGAUUUCACCCACAAGCACAAAGUUUGUGGCUAAUUGAUAUCACGCAUCAUCAUUUAGCUAUUGCAUUUGUGUUUUUCAUUGCUGGCCAUAUGUAUAGAACCAACUUUGGGAUUGGACACAGUAUAAAAGAUAUUUUAGAAGCACAUGUUCCUCCGAAAGGCUUAUUAGGACGCGGGCAUAAGGGUCUUUACAACACAAUCAAUAAUUCUCUUCACUUUCAAUUAGGUCUUGCUCUAGCUUCUUUGGGAGUUGUUACUUCCUUGGUAGCUCAACACAUGUAUUCUUUACCUGCCUAUGCAUUCAUAGCACAAGAUUUUACUACCCAAGCUGCAUUGUAUACUCAUCAUCAAUACAUUGUGGAAUUCAUUAUGACAGGGUCAUUUGCUCAUGGAGCUAUAUUUCUCAUUAGAGAUUAUAAUCCAGAACAGAAUAAGGAUAAUGUAUUGGCGAGAAUGUUGGAGCAUAAGGAAGCCAUAAUCUCUCAUUUGAGUUGGGUUAGUUUAUUCCUAGGUUUUCAUACCUUGGGACUUUAUGUUCAUAAUGAUGUUAUGCUCGCUUUUGGUACUCCAGAAAAGAAAAUCUUGAUUGAACCCAUAUUUGCUCAAUGGCUACAAUCUGCUCAUGGUAAGACCUUAUAUGGUUUUGAUGUACUUUUAUCUUCAGCAAAUGAUCCAGCAUUCAAUGCUGGCAAAAGCUUAUGGUUACCCGGUUGGUUGAGUGCUAUUAACGAUAAUAAAAAUUCACUGUUCUUAACAAUUGGUCCCGGAGACUUUUUGGUUCAUCAUGCUAUUGCUCUAGGUUUGCAUACAACUACAUUGAUUUUAGUAAAAGGUGCUUUAGAUGCGUGCGGUUCUUAA